CUCUGGUUUCCGGUCGGCCUGUGGCGGGGCUGAGGCGGAGCUGAGCGAGUGUCAGUGCUACUAAGAUGGCGGACGGAGGCGAUAUCGCCGGAGGGAUGGCUGCAGCGGGCGCCGCCGCCCCCGUCGCCCCCACGAAGCCCACGGAGUUGGCCCGGUGGUGGGAUGACAAGCUGGAUUUUUGUGCUGCCUUUCUUCAACAUUUGGCAAAAGUUGUUCCAGACAUAUAUUCUGAUGAAAUGGAUCCCAUGACUGAGAAGGAGGAAGAAAUGGCUCAAAUGAGCAUACUUUAUCCCCUGGAAUGGUAUCUGUUUGGGGAAGAUCCAGAUAUCUGUCUGGAGAAGCUAAGACAAAGUAGCACUCCUCAACUCUGUGGGAAGGUGUUUAAAGGUGGAGAGACAACAUAUUCCUGCAGAGAGUGUGCAAUUGAUCCAACUUGUGUACUUUGUAUGGAUUGUUUCCAGAACAGUGUUCACAAAAAUCAUCGUUAUAAGAUGCAUACUUCCACUGGAGGAGGAUUUUGUGAUUGUGGAGAUAUAGAAGCAUGGAAGACUGGACCGCUGUGUGCAAUUCAUGAGCCUCGAGCAGUGGGCAAUGCAGGAGAGAACCUAGAAUGUCAAUUAAAUGAAGAGCUAAUAGCACAAGCAAGAAAAAUCUUUCCUGCAGUGGUAAAAUAUAUUGUAGAUAUGACUGUUUGGGAAGAAGAGAAGGAGCUGCCUCCAGAGCUUAUGAAUAGGUGGUUGGAGAAUGUUAAGUGCCUUGAUAGAGCUAUGACUGUUUUUGACAACAUCAAGAAGUAUGUGGAAGAAGCAGAACUCUCCCACAGUAAAACUGCAAUUUGUAUAAAAGCUGCAAUGCAAGAUCCACUCAUGAAGUGCAAAUUGGCUUUCAUGAAAACAAUUGCUGGAGAUUGUGAGCAGUUUCAAAAUGAAAAACCAUUGGCACCUUUUUUGUAUGAAGAACUUUUUUUCCCAUUGCUAUUUAAUGGCUCCAUUGACAACACACUCAAAUACUGUGGUCGAAAGGCAGUUAAGAAAGGGCCCUAUGUUGCUUGUCAGGAGGCAAAAGAAGAGAUCAAGAAACAUUCAAGCAAUGUUUCCCAAGGUCCACUUAAUGUGAAGGUUCUUCAUGCUGAUAUUAUGGCUCACCAGAAAUUUGCUUUACGCCUUGGUUCCUGGUUAAACAAACUUAUGAGCUAUUCGAGUGAUUUUCGUCAGAUCUUCUGUCAAGUAUGUCUAAAAGAAGAAACUGAUUCAGAGAAACCUUGUCUUAUAAGCAAAUUAAUGCUUUGGGAUGCCAGACUUUAUAAAGGAGCAAGGAAGAUCAUACAUGAAUUAAUUUUUAGCAGUUUUUUCAUGGAAAUGGAAUACAAAAAACUUUUUGCAAUGGAAUUUGUUAAGUAUUAUAAAACACUACAGAGAGAAUAUAUCAGUGAUGAUCAUGACAGACAAAUUUCUGUGACAGCAUUUUCAGUUCAGAUGUUCACUGUCCGGACGCUGGCCCACCACCUCAUUGAAGAGCAAAAUGUAAUCACUGUCAUAACAGAGACACUACUUGAUGAACUUCCUAAAAACAUGGAUAAAAAUGGCAAGUUCAAUUUCCAGGGUUACAGUCAGGAGAAACUGAGCCGAGUGCCAGUAAUCAUAAUUGAUCUUCAAUAUAUUUUAAUCAGUAAGCCUACUGUGUGGACAGACAAACUACGAAAACAGUUUUUGGAAGGCUUUCGGUCUUUUUUGAAGAUUCUUACUUGCAUGCAGGGGAUGGAAGAAAUAACGAGACAAAUUGGUCAGCAUAUUGAGGUGGAUCCUGACUGGGAAGCAGCCAUUGGCAUCCAAAUGCAGUUGAAGAAUAUCCUCUUGAUGUUCCAGGACUGGUGUGCCUCUGAUGAAGAACUGUUGGUAACAGCUUACAAGGAAUGCUAUACAGCAGUAAUGAGAUGUAGUGCAAGUAACUAUUCAUGGGAUAAGAGAGUGAUUAAUAUGUGUGGCCAUACUUUGAAAAGUAAGCGCUUUAAGGUGUCUGCAGAUCCUGUUAGCAUACACCUGCCAUUGUCCAGAAUGCUAGCUGGUCUGCAUAUACAAUUGAGCAGAACUGGACUCAUCUCCAGAUUUCAGGAAUUUCUCACAUCUGAAGAAUUCCAGGUGCAGACAUUAGUUGAAUAUCCCUUGCGUUGCCUAGCAUUGGCUGCUCAGGUUGCUGCAGAAAUGUGGAGAAGGAAUGGGUUAUCUCUGAUCAGCCAAAUGUUUUAUUAUCAGGAUGUUAAAUGCAGAGAAGAAAUGUAUGAUAAGGAUAUAAUCCUCCUUCAGAUUGGUGCAGCAUAUAUGGAUCCAAACUGUUUCCUCUUGCUGGUACUCCAACGGUAUGAGCUGAUCGAUGCCUUCAAAAAAAUUGUGCCAACCAAAGACCAGGAUUUGAAUAAGCAGUGCAGCACUUUAAUAGAAGAGAUGCUUCAAGUUCUUAUCUACAUUGUAGGAGAAAGAUAUAUACCAGGUGUUAGUUAUGUGACAAAGGAUGAUGUUACUAUGCGAGAAAUUAUCCACCUUCUCUGUAUAGAGCCAAUGGCUCACAGUGCUAUUGCUAAAUCUUUACCCAAGGAUGAAAACAAUGAGACUGGUUUGGAGAGGGUCAUCCACAAAGUAGCUGUUUUUAAAAAACCAGGGGUAUCAGGCCACGGUGUUUAUGAACUGAAGGAAGAGUGCCUCAAAGAGUAUAAUGUAUUCUUCUACCAUUAUACCAAGACUCAGCACAGCAAGGCUGAACACAUGGAAAAGAAGAGAAGAGUGCAAGAAAAUAGAGAUGAAGCAUUACCACCUCCUCCACCUCCUGAAUUCAGUGCUGCUUUUAAAAAUGUGGUGAAAGUUCUGAACUGUGAUAUCAUGAUGCAUAUUCUUAGAACAGUUUUGCAAAGAGCACUAGUGUUGGAGAGUCACUUGUGGACAGAAGCUAUGAUCCAGAUGGUUCUUCACCUCCUUGCUUUAGGAUUAUUGGAAGAGAAACAGCAGUUAGAGAAGGUUCCAGAAGAAGAAGUAACAUUUGACUUCUACCACAAAGCAUCAAGAAUGGGAAGCUCUGCUUUGAAUGCAAUGAAUAUAUUAAUGAUUUUGGAAAAAUUGAAAGGAAUUCAGCAGUUGGCAUCACAGAAAGACAUGAUAAGCUGGGUUCUACAGAUGUUUGAAACAAUAAAACGUCUAAGAGAAAAGUCUUGCCUUCUCACAGCAGCUGCUGCAGCUGCACCAGAAUCUACGAAAGCCAAUGAGAUGCAAAGAAUUCAGGACAAGGAGAAGGCUGAGAGGAAGCGAAAGGCAGAAGCAGCCAGGCUGCAUCGACAGAAGAUCAUGGCCCAGAUGUCUGCUUUGCAGAAGAAUUUCAUUGAAACUCAUAAGCUUUUAUAUGAAAGUACACAAGAAACACAGGGAAGAGAUGUUAUGGAAGAGGAGAGCCCACCAACUAUAGAUUAUACCAGAAUUGCCUUGGGGCCCAAAAGAGGCCCAACUGUUUCAGAAAAAGAAGUGUUGACAUGUAUCUUAUGCCAGGAAGAACAAGAAGUGAGACAAGAGAGUGCUGCCAUGGUUUUAUCUGCCUGUGUCCAGAAAUCCACUGCCUUAACCCAACACAGGGGGAAAAUGCUUGAACUUUCGGGAGAUAAGAUUGAUCCUCUUUUCAUGGAUCCUGACUUGUCUUGUGGAACUCAUACUGGCAGUUGUGGUCAUGUAAUGCAUGCUGCCUGCUGGCAAAAAUACUUUGAAGCCAUUCAGCUAAACUCUCGGCAGCGUCAUCAUGUUGAACAAGUUUUUGAUCUGGACAAUGGAGAGUACCUCUGUCCUCUUUGUAAAUCCCUCUGCAAUACUGUGAUACCAAUCAUUCCUUUGGAAACACAAAAAAUAAACAGUGAGGAUGCAUUGGUGGUAGCUCAGCUUCUCUCUCUCCCCAAGUGGAUAGAGAUUCUUUUGGCCCGACUAUCUGGCUACAACAAGAAAAAUACUGAAGGAAAAUGCAUUGCUCCAUCUUUACUUGAUAGAGAGAUGGAAGAUGCCUCUUCUGAUUUUCAUUCUAUUCUUAGUUUUGGAGUUCAGCCACUAGUGAAAUACUCAGAGAGUAUCAAGGAUAUGGUGGUUUGCUUUGCCUCUGCAAUUUACAGAAUUGGAUUAAAAGUUCCUCCCAAUGAAACUGAUCCACAUGUCCCUGCAAUGACUUGGAGCACAUGUGCUUUUACUAUUCAGUGUUUAGAAAAUCUUCUAGAAGAUGAGGUCAAGGCCUUAUUUGGUUGCCUGCAAAAUAGACAGCACAGUGGUCUUAAGUCACUGGUGCAGUUUGCAGCUGCCCAGAGGAUUACAUUUACACAAAGCCUGAUUCAGCAUCAUCUUGUGCGUCUCCUAGGAGUUCUUUUACCCAGUUUAAAGGUGGAAGACACACCAUCUAUUCUAGAUGUAGAUCUGUUCCAUGUUUUGGUUGCUGCUGUGUUAUCCUUUCCAUCUUUGUAUUGGGAAGAAACUGUGGACUUGCAACCUUCAUCUAUUAGUUCUGCCUGUAAUAAUCUCUACCUCUUCUAUUUGGUUACUAUGGCACACAUAACACAAAUUAUUCUCACUACAACAACAGUGUGCCCCUCCACUCAGUUACAGAACAAUAGUGAGGAAGCACAAGCUGCAGAGUCUUUUUGUAAAGAAAUUUGCAGACACACAAAUGGUUGUUAUAGCCAAGGAGUUCCAGGCUGGUAUCUGUGGGAUUGCAUUAAGAAAGGCAUUACACCUUACCUCCGCUGCGCUGCUCUGUUUUUCCAUUAUUUGCUAGGAGUGCCUCCACCUGAAGAACUCUCAUUGGUUUCAGACGAUGGUCAAUUCAAGGCACUUUGUGACUAUUUGUCUCUACCCACCAAUCUCUUCUUGCUUUUCCAAGAAUACUGGGCUACUGUAGAGCCCUUGCUCCAUAGAUGGUGUGCAGAUCCUGCUGUGCUGAACUUUCUGAAUGGGAAAAGUAGUGCAGUAAGCUACCCAAGGAAAAGAAAUAAAUUGAUAAAACUUCCAGAUGACUACAGCUGCCUUUUGAAUCAAGCCUCUCAGUUCAGAUGCCCUCGGUCCUCUGAUGAUGAACCCAAGCACCCUGCCUUGUGUCUGUUCUGUGGGGCUAUCCUUUGUUCUGAAAACCCCUGUUGUCAAGAGCUUGUGAAUGGGGAGGAGCUGGGAGCCUGUACGUCACAUGCCAUCCAUUGUGGUGCUGGAGUAUGCAUCUUUCUCAAAAUCAAGGAAUGCAAAGUUGUCUUGAUAGGGGGGAAAACCAGAGGCUCUUUCUAUCCUGCACCAUAUCUAGAUGAAUAUGGAGAAACUGAUCCAAACCUGUCACGAGGCAAUCCUCUGCAUUUAUGUCAUGAACGGUACCGGAAGCUCCAGUUGCUGUGGCAGCAGCACUGCAUCAUAGAAGAGAUCGCCCGAAGCCAAGAAACUAAUCAGAUCUUUUUUGGAUUCAGUUGGCACCUGCUUUAAUCAUCAUAGAGCCAUGAUUAAAUCUCUUAGAAAGUCAUACAAGAAUUAAUAAUAUUCUCUCUUUAUGGGAAAACGAUUGGUCCAACUGUCUCUAUUAAAACCUAGCCAUUCAGAUUUGUGAGAAAUACACACAACCAAAGGUUAUUAUUGAACAAUUAGGACCAGAAAUGGCUGGAUUUAGCAGACAUGGUACAAUCAGUUGACAUCAUAUUGACUUUCGUUUUUCCACCUGAAUCCGUAUAACCAGUUUUGAUGUUCAAAACUGCUUUCUGUCAUGCUUAGAUAAAGUCUUAAUCUAAAUAUAAAAAGAGAGAUUUUUUUGUCUCUAUCAGCAGCAGUUCAGACUGGGGCAAGUGGCCCAAUAAAUGGCUCUAAUGCAUCUGGAUAAAAGCCAGGACUUGGCCUUAGUUGGUCUGUCCUUACUCUGUCAUAUAUCUCUUUCCUCCUGUACCUUCUAUGCCAUAGACUGCUGCUGACUGGAUCUGUGAUUUACACUUAGACAGAGCCAUAUGCAACGUGUUUUGUAAGAGCAAGUCUUUAUGAUAAAACAUUGCAAGUGAGAACUGCAUUAGGUAGGCUGCAUUAUGGAAGAUUUUUUGAUGUCAUGGUAGUACUUGGAGAAGGGAAUUACUCUCCUUAACCCAACACAAAAAUAUCCAGUCAGCUUUGAUCUGUCAAAAAGUCAGAGUUCUGCUGUUUACAUAGCCAGGUAGUUAUCUUGUACAAUGUAGUUCUUUUCUCCCUUUGAAUACUUGAUGUCUCUCGGAUCAGUGAAACCCAAGCAUUUGACUAUCCACUACUGUGCUGUGGCUGUGGGAGUCAGACAUCAUCGGCAGCAAGAGAUGCCUUUCUUACUAUGGACCACUGUAGGCCAUAGACUGCAGUAAAACCAUCUAAGUGUGCAUCUGCUUUCUAGUGCCUAAAUACCAUCUAGAGGCUAAAAGAAAUUAGAGCUACUAAUUUAUGAUAGAGUUUAAGGAAAUAUAUGUUCAGAUUUAUUUUUUUACGUUGAGUUUUGCUUCUGUGGACCUUUCUGUAACCGUGUGGUUGUCCAACAUCUUUGGAUACAACACUUUGGACAGAAUCCUGUUGCAUAAUUUUGUGCUUGUCUUAACUUGGAUUGGGCACCACAAAUGUUUAAUUUGCACCAUUAAAAGCUUCCUUUUUCCUGUUUUCGGUUCCAAGGCUCUCUCCAGCUCCCUUCUACCCUUUGGGAGCCUAGGGUGGAAUGGAAGUGACUUCCAAAAAUUGUUGCCAGAUCAUCACUGCUGGGAUUGGGACCACCGAUAUCAAUCCUAAAGUGGUUUUCAACCAUUAAGCCCCUUCCUACAAACCUAAGGAAUAGGAAGCUUUUAAUCAGUGUAAACCAUAUGUUUCCAGUACCUAAUCCAAGUUGUACAGAGUUCAGAGUCAUGUAACUGAAUUUUGCCCAUUGUUUCCAACAGUUCAUGACAUUUGACAUUAGCCAUCCAUAAAAAAUGGCUCUACAAUGUUUGAAGCGCCUUUCCUUACAUGUUGAUUAUAGCUAUUAUGUCAGAGGGAGCUUGUGAUAAGAGAAGAAAACCUCUCAUAAUAUGCUUUUUGGUAACUAGCACCUUCCAAGUAAUUCUGCUUUUUCUCUAAAACUUAAACCAUGCUGAUGAAGUUUUAAAAUUCGCAUGUUCUAGCCUCCCUGCUUCUCUUGCAUAUGUUUCAGGUUUUAAGAAGGAAGAUAAAUGUUGUAUAGGUUUGUGUAAGAGAAUAUAAAUGGAUAUAUUCUUAUUUUUAAAUCAGUCUCCACUUGACAAAAUAAGAACACAUAAUUUCACACUUAAUUUCAUUAUCUGUGUCAGUGCACUGAGCAGACAUUAUCAACUGUUUAUAGGGUAGGAUGUGUUAGAAUGUUAAUUACUUUUUUUAUUUAGAUAAUACCAUUUAAAAUGUUUACUUAUUUACCCAUUUAAAAUUUCCUGUGCAGUGCAAAUGGCCUUCAGUGCCUGUCAGUCUUCAAAAUAUUGCCCCAGAUUUGCUGUUUUUCUGAAUGUUUUUCUAUAUUUUCAAAAUUGGUGUAUUCGUCUGGAACUGAACUGUAACUUCUAACACUCAAGUUUAGAAUGUCGAUUAAAAAGAGCUAUUAAGAAGUCAAGUUAGCAAACCGUGUUCCAGUGAAACUGAUAUGCAAAGCAGCAAUUAGUCAGUGCUUAUCCUUCAGUGUGGGCUUCUUAAUGGUUUAAUUAAACAUCCAUUUGCUCAUGCUGACAUACUUUGGAUUUUACUGGGGAUAUCAUACUUGGAUUUGUCCUGCCACAGUAUUACUUCUCUUCUAAGGCCUGAGUACGUCACAACAGUACAGGUUGCUUUGGGCAACCUGUUGCUUUGGGCAACCUGUACUGUUGUUCUGCUGUGUGUGGUUCCAAAAAUGGAGUAAUCAGUUCUUCUAGAUAAAAAUAAGUGAUAUAGCAGGGCUUUUUAAUACAGCAUUUUGCCAUGGUUCCAGAAAAAGAGUAGUGAAAAGGAAAAUGAGGGCCAGUUUCAUCCUUGAACAGUUAAAUAAUAGAGUAGGUAUUGAAAACAUUGGAUAUCAUCCACUGAGCUCUCACAUAUUCCAUUUGUUUCAAUUAAAUGAUUAAGCAUAUUGUCAUUUAUCUUCAAUUGAAAUAUGUGGAACCCACAUAUUUCAGUUUGAUAAUCUGUCCUCUUAAGAUUAGCUUGGAAUCCAGUUGCCUAUGAAAGUUGCAACAUAUUCUGCUAUCUUCAGCAGUUUAGUCACCCAGCACCAAAGGCUGAGCAUACAUAGCCAUUAAACAGUUCAAAAGCUGGCUCAUUGGGGAGGAGAAAUGAGGAGAAUGAAUUGAGCUUGCUCCCUUUAUUUAAUAAUUAGUGGGUUGGAUUUCAACUUCUGGUUAUGUACAUGCGUUACAAAUCUAGCUGUUUCUCUUUUUGCUGUCUCAGUUGCUGAGAUAGGCUGCCAUAAUGUACCAUCCAACUGCUUGAUUAGGCCAAAAGAAUCCUGUAGACAGCAGAUACUUGUAUGCAGUAUGCAGGUGGAUUGGAUGCUUCUACCCAAACUACCCUGUUUCUGGAAAAUUAAGAUAUAAAAGAAGGAAGAUUGGCUUCCAUUCUUACAUGACUUUCCCAGCAAAUGAGUUAGAAAUUCAUUCACAGGUGAAAAUGAAUUAUCAUUUAAUUUUUUUCUUUAAUUACUAUGCAGCUUGGUUCACUGUGAAUAUAAUCUACAUUUAGUGAACACGCAGUGCUAAUGCCACUGAUUUGAAUUCUAAAGAAAAUUAAUGGGGUUUUAUUUACAUACAUGCAUAUAUUGGGAUCCUUUAAUUGCAAAAAUGUAAAUUUGAGCCUUGUAUAACGUUCUUGUCCUUUUAAAAUACCUUUAUGUAUAUUUAAAAAUGAAAUAAAGUAACUUCUCAGA